UAAUGUGUCGUGCAAAACCAACAAAAGUGACUUCUCAUCCACAACCCUAAACCAACCCUCCCCCACUUUUCUUAUUCUCUGUUGGUGGUCAUUUCCUUCUAUAUAUCUUCUUGUGGACUUCUCUUUGGUGUAUUUGAUGUCCAACAAUUCUAUAGCUCGGCCUGCCAUGGAAGAUUCUGCUGGAGCUGCUGGGUCUAGUGAUGAUGCUAAGAGUACUAGUUGUCCUCGAGGACACUGGAGGCCAGCUGAGGAUGAAAAACUCAGACAACUUGUGGAACAAUAUGGUGCUCAAAAUUGGAACUCAAUUGCUGAGAAGCUUCAAGGAAGAUCAGGAAAGAGUUGCAGAUUGAGGUGGUUUAAUCAACUAGACCCUAGAAUCAACAGGCGGCCAUUUUCGGAGGAAGAAGAAGAUAGACUGCUUGCAGCUCAUCGCAUUCAUGGGAACAAGUGGGCUCUCAUAGCAAGGCUAUUCCCAGGUCGAACCGAUAACGCUGUGAAGAAUCAUUGGCAUGUUAUUAUGGCAAGGAAGCAAAGAGAACAAUCCAAGCUAUGUGGAAAGAGAACUUAUCAAGAAGUUAAUUACAAUUACUCCAAAACCUCUAGUACUAAUUUUCUUGGAAGGAAACCUAUAUCUCAAGGUGAUCAUCUAAGCUCAUCAUCAAGAGCUGGGUCUGAGAGUACUAGCAGAAUCUUUGAGUUCCGAAACCCCACUAAAGAAAGGAUAUUUGCAGAUUCACCCUCUAGUUCUUCGCUUUCUUGGAACUUUGCUUCGUUGCCAACAGUAUCAAACAACUCAUCUUCGUUGGAAUUAUUCAUGAGAAGACAAGGAAGAGCCUGCUUCAAUUCUAGUUCUAAUAAUUUCAUUAACUCGGAGUGUUCAAAACGGUCUGAUCAAUAUCUUCAUAGAUAUCAUCCAAAUUCUUCAGUUCAUCAUGGCAGCUAUCAGGGUUCCACAACGUAUGGACUAGUUCCAAACUACACCAAGGUUGUUCCUAGUCCCUUUGGCUGCUUCAACCUUGGCAGUGAUUAUGAAACAAACGGAAGGAAUAGGAGAGAGUUAGUGAGUUUUUGCAAUAACUCACCCGCAUUAACGAAGUUGAGGGCAACCGCAGAGCAUGAGCAAGGAGAUGAAUCCAUUGAACACAAGGAUAUUCCCUUCAUUGAUUUCCUUGGUGUGGGAAUCUCUUCUUGAUCACAAAAGUACAUCUUUUUUUUCUUUUCUUUUUUUUUAUUUAACUUUUUCUUAAUAUAUUAAUUAUAGUUCUAGUUUCACUUCUUCAUCUUAAUUACCGGACUAAUUAUUGAUGGCAUCAUGAGGUUUGGCAAUUUCAUAUGUUUCAUUUAGGUACCAGGUUCCUUAUUCUAAUUAUGCAUGAGGUUUGGCAUCACAGAACUUCUAGGUUUCAUUUUGUUUUUCUACUCUAAUCAAUGCAUCAAAGUGUGGGAGAAAUAAGUAUACAAUUUUAGUAA